AUGGAAGAGGCCCCGGGCACCUCCCCUCCUCGCCACCCCGCUCCGGGCCUGGGGAUGCAGCGGGACCCCCGGCCAGCUCGGGCGAAGGCCACGGGGAGGCUGGGCCAGGACAGAUUGCACAGAGCCAGGGACACGGCGUGGCCGAGCCCCAGCUGGGCUGGAGCCAGCCCGGCCCCGUGGCUGUCCAGCCCGGCCGGGGGCUGGCAGGAGAGGACAGCAGAGGAGGGACAUGCCCCGGCCCCACAUAAAAAGCCCUCGGUGGGGACGGGGAGCAGGCGGCACCCCGAGAAGAGCCCAGACCAGCGUGGCUGGAGGGGGGGGGGGUUUUUUUUGCAGUACUUCUUGGCCACCCAGAAGAUGGAGCAGGAGGUGAUGUUCCCCAGCCUGCUCCGAGGGGUCUUCCCGCAGCAGGAGGGGGCGGCCCCAGCCACAGGCGGCCACACGGACCUCUACGAGCGCUACCAGCUCCUCAAGGCCAUCAAGCCCGUGGUGGAGAAAGGCCUGGCCUCCGUCACCGACCAGAGCCUGGCCGGCACUGACACUGAUGCAGCCUUAGAUGAGGGUGCAGACAGCAGUCUGGAAGAGCGCCUCUCCCAUCACGUCAGUGGCUUGCAGCAAGUUCUGACAGACCUCACCAAAAACACCAACGCCCUCACCCGGAGGUACAGCCAGAUCCUGGAGCAGAUCAACCUCAGUGAAGAUCAGUCCAGGUCUUGA